AUGAGAGAAGAGCUACUUAAUGAGGAUGGCAAACAAAAUAAAAGCGCAGCUGAUGCUGAUUCUAUUUACGCUUUCAUCAGAGAAAGUCGGUUUGGCUCGUACGACUCGGUUACACAUAAAUAUUACUUAAAGUUGCAUACGAAGCUUGUUUUUCCGGGAACAUUGAGUGAAGGUGAAAUGAUAGAUAUUUAUUCAAUGUGA